AUGUCAGGUGCAUUCUGGAAUUUUGGUAAUGAUUAUAACCAAGCUUCUGUUCUUUCAAAAUUAUUAGAUAUAGCAUUCAUACCGAUUCAUCAUCAUCACAAUCAUACCAACCAUAACGAAGAUGAUAAGGAUCUUUCAAUUACUAUUGAAUCAAGUUCGAAAGAUAGUAACGAUACCCUAAUUAAUGAAGAUUUAGAUGCUGCAAACGACAUAGAUGCCACAACCGCACUAGAUGAAGAUCAUGCCACGCAUGAAUCGGGACCUAUCAACGAUGAAGAUUUUGUUCAUUAUAACCCAAACCUAGAUAUAUUGGACGAGUUAUUAGACAAUGAAGAUUUAUACACAGAGCUAAUGUGCUCAAAUUUCAAAUUAUUAGGUUACUUAAAAUAUCCGGUAAUAUUAGAUAAAUUAAUUGAUUGUAUUACUGAAGAAUCGAUCAUUAAUUUUAAAGAAGAUAUUGAAAAAAAUUCCUUAAACGAUGAUAAUGAUGAAGAUAACGAAGAUGAAAGAAUUAUUGAAGAUGAAGAAACACCAGAAUUUAAAAAGGCAAGAAUAGCAACUGAAAUUUUGUCUACAGAUAUAUGGGCUAUUUCGAACACUUUAAUUGAAAAUCAUUUUCUUUUAGAUAAGUUAUGGAAAAUACUUUCAGAUUCAUCAGAUAUAUCUAUGUUAUUUUCCACAUAUUUCAUGAAAAUUAAUGAUCGUCUACUAGAUAUGGAUGUCAAUUCAAUGAUAGAUUAUAUCUUGGAUCAAUCGAAUCUUGUAGAUUUAUUUAUUAAGCAUAUUCAAAACCCAAUAUUAAUGGAUUUCUUACCUAAAAUAAUUACCACUGAUACUCAAGAUUCUUCAAAUGGGGUAAUUCAUCUCCUUAUGAAUCAGAAUUUAAUUCCAAAAUUAAUAGAUUGUUUGAAUCCACAUAAUGAUUCUGGUCAAGAUUUUUCAUCCACUGUAACAGCCGCUGCAGAUUUUUUGAAGGCUAUUAUUACAAUCAGUGGUGGUUCAGAUAAUGAAAUGGUUUCAAUAAUAGGUCCAAAUGAAUUAACAAGACAGCUAUCAUCAUCUGUGAUUAUGGAAAACUUGAUUAAAAAUAUGUUACAAGGUGGUCCCUCGCUAAAUAAUGGUAUUAGUAUUAUCAUUGAAUUGAUUAGAAAAAAUAAUUCAGAUUAUGAUUAUAUUAAUUUAACCUCAACUACAUUAAAGACACAUCCUCCAAAUGAUAGAGAUCCUAUUUAUUUGGGUCAUAUGUUAAAAUUAUUUAUCAAAUACAUGCAAGAUUUCCAAGAUUUAUUAACUAGUAAAACAAUUGAUAAUUUAAAGACCUCCUUUGGUGAAAUUGAACCAUUAGGCUUUGAACGAUUUAAAAUUUGUGAAUUGAUUGCCGAGUUAUUACAUUGUUCCAAUAUGGCAUUAAUGAAUGAUCCUGAUGCUGAAUCAAUCGUGAAAGAACGUGAUUAUGCGAGAAGAUUGUAUAUUAGACAAAAAUAUUCCCAACAAAGCUCUAUUGAUAAUAAUUAUAAUCAUGAUCAAGAUGUUGAUAUGCAAGUUGAAAAUGACCUUGCUUUGGAAGCUGAUAAUAGCGAACUUACACCAGAUGCAAAAUUAAAUGUCUCUUCUCCAACAGAUCAUGAGUUAUCUCAUCAAAUGGAUAUACUCAAGUUAAGAAAUUCUCAAGGUAGCAGUAAUGAUGAUUUGGAUGACAGUGAAACUCCAACUGAUAAAUCAACUAAUACUUUAAAUAUCCAGCAAGAGAAUUAUGAAAAUAGCAUGUUAGAUGAAAAUGAUGCACCAAUAUUAAUCGGUGAUGCGUUAAAAAUAUCUCUUGAAACUACAGGGAUCCUAUCUGAGAUUAUCAAAAUGUUUUUCAAAUUCCCAUGGAAUAACUUUUUGCAUAAUGUAGUUUUUGAUAUUAUUCAACAGCUUUUAAAUGGGCCAUUAGAAACUGGUUAUAAUAAAAAUCUUUUAAUUGAAAUUUUCAAAAAUGACGAUUUAUCUGAUUUAAUCAUAUUAGGUGAUGCGAAAAGCUUAGAAUAUCAAGUUGAAAAUGGUCUUGGUUUAGGUUAUCAAGGUUAUUUAAAUUUAAUUGCUGAAGAAAUUGUUAAAUUCGUCAAUUAUGUUGAAGAAAUGGAUUUAUCUAUUAAGGAAUUAAAUAUAAUUCUAGAAAUUUUAGCCAAUGAAAAUUGGAAAAAUUUCAUCGAUACUAGAUUAACAAUUGCAAGAGAGAAUUAUAAUACACCAUUAGGUGAUUUCACAGAAGAUAAUUUACCAGAUAUUGAUAGAAGUCUUGGUGAAGAGGAAAUUAAACUACUGGAAUCAGAUGUUAAUCAGCAUUAUUUGGAUGUUGAUAAAGAAGAUCAAGAUUUAGAAGAUGAUAUGGAGCACGAUCUUAUCAGUGAAAAUGAACUUUAUGAAGAUAUAGUGGAACAUCCUCAACAAUUGGCAAUGGAAGAUGAUGAAUACAUGUCCCAAGAACAGCAAGACGAAGAAGAAAAUGAUGAAAUGCAAGAUAAUGAUGAAGACAGAAAAUCCAUAAAUACAAAUGAUUAUGAUAAUGAAGAUAAUGAACCUACCCGAUAUUAUGAAUAUACCGAUCCCAGUGGUCGUAAGACAACUCUACAUUUAACUUUGACAGAUAAUGAAGAUGAACUCACGCCAUUAACAAAACAAGAGCAUAGAAAGGAUGAAGAUGGUGAUGAAGAGAUGAUUGAUGAGGAAAAUAAUAUUCCAGCUGAAGAAGAUAUCAAAAUGUCGCCUGCUAACAUAGUAACUUUAAAGGCUACUCCCACAGAUCCAAAAUUAUCCAAGAAAAAUAUUGUUCAAAAAGAUUUCCAUGUUUCGUCAAAGGAAAGUGGAAAUGAUGUCACCAAUAUUAAUGAUAAUGAUAAUGAAAAUGCUAAUAAAACUGAAAAUGAAAAUGAAAAUAACGAUAGUCUCAAGCGCUCUAUAAAAAUUGAUCCAUCCUUGGACGAACAUUCUAGUAAGAAAAGUAAUUUAGCUGAAUUUAAUUCUCCUACAUCUCAAAGCAUACUGAAGAAACCGCAAGACAAUUUAGAAACUGUAGAUGGAGUCGAUCUAGGGACAGUUAAAAAAGGAAAAUCAAAGAAAAAAAUAAAAAAAAGAAUAAAAAUAACAAUGGACAAAUGUACCCCAUGUGUGAUUCUUCAUCAACAAAUAGUAGUUUCUCAUGGGAUGAUAAUGAAUCAGCACAUAGUGUUCAUGGUGUAG